UUGACGGAAUAGGCGUGCGACGUAGAUCAUUUCCGGUCCAAAACCGCAAAAGAAGUUUGUACUCGUGGACGAGCGUGUAAUCGGCAAUCGUUCGCACGAUAUCCUCUUCUGACCUCGCGAAGAAGUGUUAGCCCGAUGUCAGACUAUGCGAGUCGAUGCAUCGAUUCGUAGUGAUUUCAUCCUUGAGAAUUUGUGUUAAUCGUGCUGUGACAUAUACGAAUUACGCGAGAAAAUGUAUCGGCGUGAUUUAAAGAAAACUGGCCGCCGACAAUACGUAGAUUAUUUACCCAGCUGUUUUUGACGGUUACAAGGACAGCCCAUGAAAUGACUUUUUAUUAUUACGUACGGAUACUAUUGCGAUUACUCGGUAACGAAUCGGACAAGGUUGGAAAAUUUAUAUGACUGCGAAGAAUUUCGUUUGGUUCGUCGAUUAUUAAUAAUAUUUUCCAACCGCGCAUUUCGUACGAGGGUCCAAUUUAUCGACUAGUUAUAUCGCGGUUACUUUCCUUUCGGUCUUAAACGUUCUUGGGAAUUCCAGCAACGCGUAAAUGCGAUGGAUCUCUGUUCCAAGUCUCAUUGAUUCGUCGCACGCCGCGUACGGUCUUUUUCCCUUCCGAAUAGAUACAUCUCACCGAAUAGUAGUUAUCGCACGGUUAAUAAUGCCAUCUCGGUCAUUGAAUAGCUCGUACGGCGUGUACGUAAUUUACGUAUAAAAUUAUCUGGCGUGAGCGCAUUGCGUUCGAAUUGCACGUGUGAUCACAAUGAUCGAUACAAUAGCCCAAGAAUUGUAAAUAUAGCGGUAUGGUGACUGCGAAGUUGACAAGGAAUUUUUGACUGAUGGUGACACGAUCGACGACUGCGUGCGCGUUAGCUGAAUAUUCGUUAACGUUUACCUAAUGAUAUUGAAUAGGUAUAGCGAACGAUGGCUCUCAGUUUUUGAUUUCUGGUGACCGCACAAAUGUUUCGCGAGUAUGAUCGUUAUUAAAAUAUGAUAGAUAGAGGAACAAAAUAACAUUUGUUAAAAAUACGUACGAUAUAAAUUGAUGAUAAAACGUGUAUAAAUUAAUACUAUUAAUUAAUUAUUAAAAAUGAUAUAAUACUAGAAUAUCCGUUAUCGUAUUGUUGAAUUUUUGUGUACGAUUUUGUUGUUCGGAGUUUGUGCUAAGGAAUACGAAAUAAAGUAAUAAACGCAGAAAGGAAGAUAUCCUUGCGAAACGUUUCGUCUUUUUUGGCGUAUUGUCGUGUACACGAGAAGAAUAAAAACCAAGAGGAAUUGUCUAACAUGUUCGCUGGUGCGAACGAAUCGAAACGAUGGCUGAGGGAUAAUACGAUACUACUGAGAGCUGCCAAGGAUCUAGAGGAACGUCGUAGCCAUUAUGAACCUUCCCUUGGACCAGGAGUGCCAGAUGAUGUUGAUCACAUCUUCAAUCUCGAGGAAAAUGAUUUCGUACCCCAUUUCCAAAGAGUUUCCAUAUCUGGAGAGGAUACUUCUGGCGUACCGUUGGAAGAUCUUCAACAGGCAUCCCAAAUGCUGGUCCAAGCGUUGGCGAUACGUGAGAAAUACAUGAACAAUUCUAAACAGAGUUUUCCAUCUAUAACAUCGCGAUUUCUGCGCAGUAUCGAUAAAAGGCCAGUAAACAGUGACGAUGAGGUCCAACACGAUGAUCGUAAAGCCAUUGCGGAUCAUCCUGUGCAUGCGCCAGCGUCACGAGGAGAUCCGUGGGAAUGUGAAUUUCCCCCGUCGAAGAAUUAUAAAAUUGCACCCGUUAAUGGCGUGUUCAAUUUGUUCGCCACCGAAGAAGAUUUUACUAACGGAAAACCAAUUCCGUAUUCGUAUCCUGAUCUGGCGACUUUUGUCAGAGACAUGAACAUUCUUUGUGCAAUGAUUGCCGAUGGUCCUUUAAAAUCUUUUUGCUACAGAAGACUGAGCUAUCUUUCAUCGAAAUUCCAAUUACACGUGUUGUUGAACGAACUUAGGGAACUUGCGAGUCAAAAAGCGGUUCCGCACAGGGAUUUUUAUAACAUCAGAAAGGUUGAUACGCAUAUUCAUGCAGCAUCUUGUAUGAAUCAGAAACACCUACUUAGGUUCAUUAAAAAAACUCUGAAGAAUCAUGCAAAUGAAAUUGUCACGUGUUCGAAAAAUGGUGAAACAAUGACACUUCGAGAGGUGUUUCAAUCCAUGAAUCUGACAACGUAUGAUCUCAGCGUUGAUAUGUUAGACGUACACGCAGAUAGAAAUACGUUCCAUAGGUUCGAUAAGUUCAAUGCCAAGUAUAAUCCAAUUGGCGAGAGUCGACUCCGCGAGGUGUUUUUGAAAACGGACAAUUACCUCAACGGCAAAUUUUUUGCUAGCAUCAUUAAAGAAGUCGCCAGUGAUCUUGAAGAGUCGAAAUACCAAAAUGCAGAAUUGCGUCUUUCGAUUUAUGGCAAAAAUCCAGAGGAAUGGGACAAGUUAGCAAAGUGGGCCAUUCAGAGCGACGUGUACUCCGAUAACGUGCGCUGGCUCAUUCAAAUUCCUCGACUGUAUGAUAUUUUCAAAUUGAACAAAUUGAUGACAAACUUCCAAGAAAUUUUAAAUAAUAUCUUUUUACCACUUUUUGAAGUAACAAAUGAUCCAAACUCUCAUCCAGAAUUACACAAAUUCCUUCAAUAUGUAAUAGGAUUUGAUUCAGUUGACGAUGAAAGUAAACCUGAAAAUCCUUUGUUUGACAAAGAUGUUUAUCCACCAGCAGAAUGGGAUGAUAUUGAAAAUCCUCCUUAUGGAUAUUAUCAGUACUACACUUAUGCUAAUAUGACUGUUUUGAAUCAUUUUAGAGCAGACCAAGGAUUUAACACCUUUGUUCUAAGACCUCAUUGCGGCGAAGCUGGUCCUAUUCAACAUCUUGUGUGCGGUUACAUGAUGGCAGAGAACAUUUCUCACGGUCUUUUACUUCGAAAAGUACCUGUACUACAAUACUUGUAUUAUUUGGCGCAAAUUGGGAUUGCAAUGUCACCUCUCAGUAAUAAUUCUCUCUUUUUGAACUACCAUCGUAAUCCACUUCCUGAAUAUUUAGCAAGAGGUUUAUGUGUAAGUCUUUCUACGGAUGAUCCUCUUCAAUUCCACUUCACCAAGGAACCUUUAAUGGAAGAGUACAGUAUUGCUGCACAAGUAUGGAAACUCAGUUCGUGUGAUAUGUGUGAAUUAGCACGUAAUUCCGUACUUAUGAGUGGUUUUCCACACAAGAGUAAACAAUAUUGGCUUGGACCUAAUUAUACUAAAGAGGGAGUAGCUGGUAAUGAUAUUACUCGAACAAAUGUGCCAGAUAUUCGGGUGGCUUAUCGAUAUGAAACGUUAGUCGAUGAAUUAUCGAAUAUUUUUAAGGUUGCUGAAAAACCCGAAUCCGUUCCAUUUUAACCUUUAGCGAUAGUACAAAGAAUCCUAUGAUAUAACGAUUACUUUGUGACUACAAAUGGUGUCCAUGAAAUUUGAUAAAACGACGAUGAAAACUAUUUGUAGUGCGAAUCCUGUAAUGUAACCAAUUAUGUGAUUUAUGCUAAUGAUCUUUAUCAACUUUUGAUAACUCCUUUGUAGUAGAUAUUCCUUUCAUUAAAUGUACGAUGAUACCAGAAUUAUUUUUUUAACAGUAAUUGUAAAAACAUUAAGUACAAUUUAAAUUAUCUUACUUAAAUGCCAUGCGACAGUUUACAUACAACAUUAACGUUAGAUGCCAGAUCUGUACCUAACAAACAUUUAAAACAUUCUUGUUUUUGCGUUUUAAGAUGUUUCAAGUACAAAACCGAAUUUAUUAUGGAGAGUAGAUAUAGACUAUGUUGCAAGGAAGUGUCUUUCACUUAGACUACAGAAUUUCAAGUGUAAACCAGGAAUAAAUUAAUUUGAAAUUGUUCAUGGACGUUGACCAAUUUAAGAAUAGUUAGGUAAUUAGAUAUGGUUCCAAUUUCAAAUGUUGCAAUCUUCGAUAUGUAUAAUAAAUUGAACGUUAUUGCACGAUUUAAACUGUAAACUGAAUAUUACAUUAAUUUUAUGUUAAACAUUUGCAGUAUUGCAAGGCAACAAUUCACUUUUCACGUUUCAGCAACACUAAAAUUGUUGACCCAGCUUUUUGAAUUUUAGCUUUAGUUUCUUACGUUUUUGUACAUUUAUACAGCUACCGUGUAUGCUAUUUGUAUUUAACAAACGUACAUAAAAAAUACGUCAAAACCUGUACAUGGAUAGUUAUCUCAUGAUUUGUAUACAUUAUUAUAUCUAUAUAUACUUUCUAUUAUAUACGUUAUAUGUAAUAGAAAACUUCAAUUUUUAUUAUAAUCAGUAUAUAAAUACCACAUUUGAAAGUACUAAA